AUACAUGAACUGAUUAAGGAGGACGAUAGGAAUACACGGCUUUCACGAACUCAAAUUUCGGCCGAUUCUGAACAGGCCAAAAAGACCGGGCGUUAUGCGCUCUGGGACGAGGUUACGUUUAUUGACCGAGACCCUCACUGGUACUCUUGUAUAGUUAAGGAGGCUAUCCACAUAAGACUUCAACCUAACAAAGUCAACAGGGACAGUGGAAUUGAGAUUUCUGAAGCGUGGAUGCCUACAAUCAGACAACAUGACAACCGACCUCUACCACAGCGGACCACCGAGGGAUCAGUUUCUUCCUCUCACAAUACCAAUAAUACUUUGGACAGAAACCCACCAACCAUG